AUUGGACUCGCACCCUUAUCUCUUGGUCAUGCAUCUAUAUUAGCUAGUUUAAGACAUCAUAACAUUGAUGUUUUUUCUCGUUCAUGGUCAGUAAAUGUACCAAACUUUUUACCUGAUGAUGUGGUAGAAUUUAUCAUGAUGCAUGCUAAUCCUUGGAAAGUAAUUCUUGGUGGUCCUCAAGUGAGUUAUGUUAAGAAAGGAAUAGAAGAAUAUUACCCUUAUGCAGAUAUUUUUAUUCGUGGAUAUGCAGAAAAUGCACUAGUGAAAUUAAUGUUAUCUAAAAAACCUUUUCCCUAUAUUAAAGGAGUUCAUUAUUUUGGAAAACCAGAUUUAGGACUUUCAGCUGUUACAGAAUUAGAUACUUUACCUUCACCUUUUUUAAAUAAAUUUAUUCCACCACAACGUUUUAUUCGAUGGGAAACUCAACGAGGAUGCCCAUUCCGCUGCGCUUUUUGUCAACAUAGAGAAUCUGAUGUGUCAAUGAAACGUCGUCAAUUCCCUAUGUCACGUGUCAUUCAAGAAGCAGAGUGGAUAGCAAAACAUUCGAACAUUCAAGAUGUUGCAGUUCUUGAUCCAACAUUUAAUUCCGGACCUUAUUAUCAAUUUUUGGAUAAAGUUGUUCAAUUAAAUGAUACCGCAGAAACAAUAUUAGAGUUUGGUCUACAAACGACUAAUCCUAAAGAGCAAGCAAUAAUAGAUAGGCCAAAUAAUAUGAAGAUUGUUGAGAAAGUUUUAACCCAGAGCAUUGAUUUUUGUUUCAAUCACAAAGUUCCAGUAAUUCAUGCUUUUCCAUUGAUGCUAUUAAGAGGAACACCAUUGCAUGAAAGGAAAACAGAGCUUGGUCUUGUCGAAUCCUAUGAAGUUGCUUCACCUAAAAUUGAUCGUGUACAAACAGAUAUUCCUCAUGUCGUUGCAAGCCCUUCAUUUACAUAUGAAGAUUGGAAAGAAAUGUCCAAAAUAGCAGAAUCACUAGAAACUUCCGCGAAAAACAUAUCAAAAAGUUUCGAUGGAAAACAUAAUGUUGAAAUAACAUCUUCCCUACAAAACUUUAAUACAUAUAUUGUUUGA